AUGUAUCACUUAGACAAAUCUUUGAGUCAGAAAAAAAAAUUAAGAAUCUCCAGUGUUUUGAAAAAUAAAUUAAUUGGCUGUCUAAAGACUAUUAAAGAUGAAUUCAGUGAAGAUGUCAAUGAUAAUUUCCUGGAUCCAUCAAAAUAUGAAAAUUUACAGCUUGAUGAAAAUGAUUUUGACUUGGAAGAUGAAAAACCAAUUAUUGUAUACGUUGCUGGAUAUUGUCUACAUAUAGCUCUGAAAAAGCUUAAUUGGUGUCCAUUAUGUAAAGACUUGAUGUCAUUGGAUAGAUCAAUGGAAGAUGUGGACCCUUCAUUUUCUGUCAUUGCUAAUGUGGACAGGGGUGGUUUGAAAUAUCCAUCUGAAGCUAUUAUUGAUUUAGUAACCUAUAAUUAUUGUGUAGUAAAGAAAUUAACAAGUGGAUACUUUUGGAAUAUAUUUAAAGAGGAACAAAGACAGAGAAUGAUGGCUAUCAAAAUAACAAAUUCAAUUUUAGAUGAUCAUGAAUUUAGUUAUUGGCCAGACUGUGAUAAUGGUCAUGCUGCAAUUGAUAUAUGUAAUAGAAUUUUGUAUAGUGCUACUAAUUGUUUGUUAAAUAAUUUUUGUAAAAUGAAAAAUGAUACAAACACUAAACAUAAAAAUGUCAGAAAAAUGUUAACGUUUCAUGAUUAG